UUAGGACAUCUGAAUUAAGCAUUUAUUCAAUUUUCUUUGGUAAUUUCUCCGAGUAUAAUGAAAGUUAGAAUACAGGCAAUCCAUAAUAAUAUAUUGAACAUUUGUUAUUAUUUUCUUUUUAUCUUUCUAAUGUCAAUAACAAUCGUAGAUUUAAACUUUAACAAACUAGCCGCUAGCUCUGUUCUGAAUAAUAGGUUCUCGAACUCGGUGAUUUGCAUCAUUGCUUUCAAUUUUUUUUGAUGAUAAUAAUAUAUCACGAAUGCACGAUACUGUGGUGAGGUGAACGAAGCGGGACCAGUGCCCAAUACCCGUUCACCAUAUCCUGUCCGGCUUUUUUCCGUUAAAAUUGUAUAUAGAUAAUUAUUAUAUACAGUAUGUAUAAUACCCACGUACCUAUAUCAUAAGCGAUUUUACGAAUGCACUAUUCUUACACACAGUAUCCAACAAUAAAUAUGAAAUUCAAUUCAGAAAGAUGCGUAGGUAUAAUUGAGAAUUUUAAAAUUGUUAUACAGCCAUUCGAAUAUUUUAAUCAUAAAGGCAACAUCCGAUGCCUAUUCAAAGGUUUAUUAUUUUAUAUCAAACAAUAUCGAAACAUCGAAAUUCGAUUAUCCUCAUUGCCUCCGAAAGAAAAACAAUAAAACGGUCAUAUUAUAACUUUUUUUAUAAAAACUUUGCAGAAACAAUCAAAGUUUAAACAACAAAGGUUGGUGUGUCCAUAUUCUGUGGACCAGUGUGUUGUGGAUUAUUUUCCUCGCAGUGUUACCAGCAAGCGUAUAUUGUAAACACACUUAGUCACAUUCGUACGAAACUGUUGACGUUCGUUCAUAAUAUUUGUAAUAUUAUUUCAUUCCGACGUGGCAAAAUUCAAUAUUACAUUUCAAGUGGAUCAUUAUCAUUCAUAAUUUCAUAAUUUCAUCAUUACUGAUAUGAUUUACCCACAGUCUGAUAAUAAGUUUUGUUUAUUAAAAUUGAUCGAAAAUUUUUUUCAGUGAUGUUUCACUAUUGCGCAAUUUAUUUAUGCUCAGAACCGCCAGAACCCUUAUCAACAUAUACACUUGCACUUUAUCACAAGACAUUUUAAUUCUCAACCCACUACUCACCGGCCACCACCUUCUUAUCGAUUUAAUAAUAUUUUACGGGAUAUUUAGUUGUCAAUGUAUUAAGUAUUUCGUAGUUUUAUAUUCGAUAUAGGCCAGUAAAAGUAGAUUAUUGCAUUUUGGAAAUCACCACUGCAGUGACGCAUAGACAGUCCAGCCUUCAGAUAUAAUCUAUAAUUUAUUCUUUAGUGUUACUUAUAUCACAGAACAUUAGAACAACGAUAUCAGGGUACAUCAUCAUUUCAUAAUAGUGUGUAUUUUAUUCGAGUUAUUUUAAACCGUUUUCAUUCUUAUUUUCUGUUUUAAUGGAAGUCUAAAGUUCAUAAAUACGAAUAAAAAAACUUUAAUAUAAAGCAAUCAAACAAAUAGGAAAUAACUAGCGAAAUAUAUAUUAAAUGAUAUUGCACAAUUCGACCUAUUCAACCCAUUAGACAGUGAAUAUACAUCAGCUGUAUCCGUAUAAUCAGUUGAUAAGUGUAUCUAUAUAAUAUUGAAACAUAAAUUUGUGGAGUGCAGUCAACGGUUGAGCUCAGUACAAGACACAUCAUUCAAUUCAUCUCGCACAGCCAAAAUGAUGAAUGAACAAUUAAUUGGAGUAAUUGAUGUCGAAUCUGAGAUAGUCAAAUUCUCCAUUCUCAACCACAGUGGAAAUAUUGUGUUGGAUUCAUACAGGCACAUCAAACUAAUAAAACCAUACCCUGGUUGGGUUGAAGUAGAUGCUGAAAAUAUUUGGAAUGCAUUGUGUGCUACUAUUAAUGAGGUAAUAGUUAAAUUAGAAUUAAAAAAUUUAUCAAAAGAUAACAUUAAGAUAAUUGGGAUUAUAAAUGAAAGAGAUACUGUAUUAGCAUGGGAUUUAGAAUCGAGUAAACCGCUCUGCAAUGCAAUUCAUUACACCGAUACUCGUACAGACACCAUCAUUCAAGACUGUAUAUUAAAUUGUCCAAAAGAACUUGAUGAUAUUGAAGACGCAACUGGUUCAAAAGUAACAUCAAUGUUCAGUGGAAUUAAAUUAAAAUGGAUAAUUAAUAAUACACAUAUUAUUCAACACCCUACUACUAUGAAGAAUAUUAAAUUUGGAACAUUGGAUACUUGGAUAGUUUGGAAGCUUACUAAAGGUAAUUUAUAUGUGACGGACAUAACCAACGCUUCUCGGACAUUAUUAAUGAAUUUAAAAACUUUGGAGUGGUCUUUAGAUGCCUGUAGAUUUUUUAAUGUUCCAAUUUCUUUGCUGCCAACAAUUAAGAGUUCUUCUGAACACUAUGGAACUAUAGAAGAAACACCUUUAAAAGGUAUAUCAAUUGGAUCAAUAUUUGCUGAUCAUCAAGCUGCUUUGUAUGGGUUACAUUUUGAUAAACCUGGUCAAAUAAUGAGUAAUUACGGUGAUAGUUGUACAGUGUCUUGUAUUAUAGGAACAGAAUUUAAAAGGUCUAAUAAUGGAUUAAUUACAACAGUAGCAUACAAAAUUGAUAAAGAACCAGCAGUUUAUGCUUUUGAAGGUUGGACAUCAGUCGGUGGUAAAGCGAUAGAAUGGCUAAAGAAUAAUAUGAAAAUUGUAGACAGCGACAAAGAAAUAGAAUCAUUAAACAUAGAUGCAAGUGAUGUAUAUUUUGUACCGGCUUUUAAUGGAUUAGCAGCACCACAUUGGAAACCAGAUGCAAGAGGUAUUAUAUGUGGUAUGACUCAUUUUACUAACAAAAAACAUAUAAUUCGAGCUGCAUUAGAAGCAUUUUGCUUUCAUACCAAAGAUGUAUGUGUUGCAUUUGAAAAGGAUACAAAUAUAGUUCCAUCACAGUUAUUUGUAGAUGGUCUUUAUUCUAUUUACAAUAAUAUAUUAAGUUAUCAAGCUGAUAUUUUGGGAGUAGACGUAAUGAGCUCACAAAUGACUGACGACAUGGCUAUCUAUGGUUCAGCUAAAGCAGCUGCAAGAGUCUUAAAUAUUUCACUAGGAAGUCAUCAGUGGUCACUUAACAUAUUAAAACCAACAACAACAGAAGAAGAACAAAAAAAUCGGUAUUCAAAAUGGUUAAAAGCUAUAAGGCGUAGUACUGGAGUAUCAAAACCACAACAACAUUGUCAAACAAUAAAUAAAUAUAAUAAUUUUAGUUCAAACUUUUUAUCCACAGCAUACUUAAUGGCUAUGAUGGGUAUGAUGGUUUUUUCAGAUAAGAAUUAAGAUUUCAUUAAAAAAUAUGCAAUUGUUGAUAAAGAAACAAAUAAAGUUACCCAAAUAUAAACUAUUAUUUUAAUUUUGUGAAAUCUUUUAGUACCUAGGUUAAUUUUUGUU